UUUCGUUUGCACUUUUCCCUUCUUCGCACGUGCGUUCCAUCCAUAACGUAACACGAUUACCGGCACUGCACAUCUUUAGCGCAAAUUUGAUUGAAAUCAAAAUUAAAAUGUUACGUACCAGAAAAGUGCUACUUAUUCUCACAAGAUCUAAACACAGUAAAACGCAUUGGUCGCAAGCCCAGAAGAAGCAGUUCACCAAAGAUCGCGCCUUGGAAAACUUCGACGACUUCUACGGCCAGGUGUUCGGCAAGCAAUGGAAAAGCAUCCGGGUGGCCCUGCUGACGGAGCACAAGUACAUGGCCCUGGUGAACCAGUUCGGGGACAGCGAACAGACGGCGGAUUUUCUCCGGGCGGACGGCGCUAUAAAUCUGAGGGAUAUUUACGAGGCCAAGAAGCAAUUUCUGACGCGGGACGAUUCCAAGAUGUUUUCGGAUGAUAAGAUUUUCAAAUUGGAUCAGAAGAUUGAGGCGUUUGCCGAGACGCAACAGAGGCAGGAGCUGGAGAAACUGUACAAGGAGGAUGUGCCGGAUUUGGAGGGUGUGAGGGAAGUGAAUGAAACUGCGGAAGAGUUCGUUGAUUACAAGAAAUCUCUGAACCGGACACUGAGGGACGAUGCCGAAAUGGACUUUCAACGGUUGAUAGACCAUAAUGUGGGAGUGGCUGGACUGCAGGAAUUUAUUCCGGCGUCCAAGCUGAAGGGGAUGGAGGAUUUCAUUUCGGAAUCGGACCACUACAAGUACUACAACAAUAGCGCAGAUUUCCCGGUAUCGAUCGAGAUGGAACACAGUUUUGAGAUUCCGGAAAAUUUGGAAAUAUUCUCCUAUGAACGAGGAAACGUUUCCGACUUCCGGCCGCCUCGAAGUUGCUCUACCGGAGUUCUAUCGCAUUUCCUGAUGGAUGGGGCUUCGGUGCUCCCUGCUUUGGCAUUGGACGUCCAGCCGGGAGAUCGUGUUCUGGAUGCUUGCGCUUCCCCUGGAGGGAAAUCGCUUUUGAUGCUGCAAACUCUUCGACCAGGAACUUUGGUAUGCAAUGAUGUUCAGGAGAGUCGCGUUAACAAAAUCAAGAAACUGAUGAACAGUUACUUUUAUAACUUCGGAGAAGCGUGUAAAAAGCAGCGCUGUUUCGUCACACACCAAGACGCUCGCGACAUAAAGGAGUACGAAAUGUACGACCGGAUUCUGGUGGAUGUCCCCUGCACGACGGAUCGGCACUCGGUGAUGGAGAACGAUAAUAACAUCUUCAAAUCGAGUCGGGUGAAGGAGCGAUUGCGAUUGCCCGAACUUCAGGCAGGUAUUCUGACGAACUGCAUGAAACUGUUAAGGCCUGGUGGAACGCUGGUCUAUUCCACUUGCAGUUUGAGUCCAGUGCAGAAUGACGGUGUGGUUCACAUGGCGCUCAGCAACGUGUUCAGCGAUACGGGAAUGACCCUGACUGUUAAGGACUUGAGCUUGGUUAUGCAGCCGUUUUCCGACAUGUACAAAUUCGCCUACCCAAACACGCUGAAAUACGGUCAACUAGUUCUGCCAUUCCUGCCGGCGAAUUUCGGACCAAUGUACUUCUGCAAACUAGUUCGGAAUAAUUAGUCAUAUUAUAAAAGUUAGAAAUGUGAAUUAUUGUUUAAUUUGUAACAAGAAGAUUCUUAAGUUAAUAGAAGAUAUUGCUUCAUGUUUUCA